AUGACCAGUCAAGGAUUUUUGGAUCUGCCACUGGAGUUGGCAAGCAUCGUGAUAGAGCAGGUCGACAGUCGGACACUAUGUCGCGUUUUGAAAAGUAACAGACAGAUGAGAAGCUUGUCACUUGAACAUAUGAACUCCAAGCUGAAAAAUAUACUUGGAGCACACCAAGAGAACCUCUUCAUAUCCGUGUUCUCGCCUCAAAGUGUGGAAAGUGACCAGGUUUGCACAUACGAGACUAGUUGCGUGACAUCGCAAGUACAUAGUGGAACUGUCUCGGUGGUGGGAAGCAAACCUAACGAAGUGAAUGAAAACACUCUUUCCCUCUUAAACAGCAAACUUAGUGAAUUGAAACAAAUGGAUCAGAUGUAUCCUAUGCAUAGACAGAUGGUGGGUGGAUAUGAUGACGCUACCACAAGCACAUACCAGCUCGGAGGUAUUAGAUCCACCAGAAGACUCAUGACCAACGAUGGUGAAGAAUUUGUCGCAAAAGAUUCGAAGUUGGAGGACAGUUUCAAGAACGUCCCUAUGAUGACCCUCCUGGUGGACGAGGAAUGUGACUACAUCAAAUUUCAUUUCAGCGUUUCAAUCAAGUCGGCCGACUCAGAGCCUAUGCACAAAGUUAUUGACAUUUCCAAAAAUGUAAGUAAGCAUGAAACAUCAGGAGAAGUGCAUUGUGAGGGUAUAAAAGUCGCAUACAAACUGCAUAGGGGAGAGAUUUUACCCCCAAGAUCACCAUACGAUUAUGAUAUGAAUUGCAAAUAUCAGUUGGAGUUCCAGGAGUUUGAGAUAAACAACUGUUAUUUGAUGGAGAUGGUUGAUAGCAUAUAG